AUGGAGGCAAUUUUUAUCAAGAUCUUACUCCUAUGCAUCUUGACAGCUUCAAAUGUCUCAGGUGGUGACGAUCUCCUGGACGCGUCCCAAAUCCUCUGGUCAAAAUUGUUGAACGGAAGUUUAUCAGAAAUCGGCCCUCUGGAUCCUCUCCUCGUGCCACUGGUGAAGGUCGAUCAAUCUCAAGGUAACAUUCGUUACCGAAUGAUCCUGAGUGACGUGGAGGUCACGGGGUUGAACGAAUCCACCAUCGAGAGUGUGCAGAUUGGCAGAGGACGAAUGAAGAGUAAUUUGAGUGAGUAUGAGGCGGGCUACGUCAGCUACUCUGACGCUGGGAAAUUGGACGCCAUCAGAUACCGGUUCCACACAGUUGUCAAGGAGCCAAAGACCCCAGACUCUGAGGAAUUGAAAGUUAAAUCGAUCGAGGGGAGUGAAGCUCGUCGACGAAGUGACUUUGAUAGAUUCAAGGGAAAUGACUUUAGAAGAGUUAAUGGAGAUGAUAACCAGAACAAUCAACAACAGUUUUCACGGAUUCGUAUUUACGCCGACGAAUCUCGAGCUCCGAUUCAAGGACGUCGUAAUUAUCAGUCAAUCCCGGUAUAUUAUCCUUCGGGGACUUAUGAGAAUCAGAAUCAGAGACACAGGUUCAGUCAAAAUUAUCAAAAUCAAAGAGAAUCGGUUUAUAACCGAAAUGGGAGCCCUCAGUUUGAGAAUCUGAGAUCUUCAUCUUCUCAGCAAUAUGACCAGAGCCAAGAGAAUCAGGGACGUUAUCAACAGUCUCAGAUAAGCCAACCAUAUCGAAGUAGUCAGCGUAUUUCAGUGAGUUCGGAAAGCCAGCCACAGAGACAAUAUACUGAAGAAACCAGAUAUUACCAGAAACUUUCUUCGACUCCGGACAAUCAGAGAGAAUAUGCUGAAGCAACUCGUAAUCAAGGACAAUAUUCAAGACUCCAGAACAGUCAACAAAGAUAUGAAGAUCAGUCAUCUAAUCAACAUGCUGGAGUUAAAACUUCUAAAGUGAAUCCAUCACGUUAUUCCAAUCAAAACCGACAAACUGAUGAAACUGAUGAUCGGGAUUGCGCAGAAUCUCAAUUCGGCUGCAUAUAUCGAAGACCCGCGAACUCAGACUCAGCACAAUUCAAUUCACAAGGAUUUGCUGACAGACGAAAGGAGAAUUUCGGUGCUGAAUCGAUGACAUUUGAGACAAGGGCAAGGUUCAGAGCUGGGGAGGGAAAUAGAGCGCGAGUCAGAUAUCCAGGUCCCAAUAAUGGUGUUUAUGCCAGAGUCCCAGAUGAUAAUGGUCGAAAUGGACCUGUGGCUGAAGAUAAGAAUCAGCAGUUCUCCGAGAGGUUGGAGAAUCAACCAGGGUAUAUUGACAUCAUUUAUGUGGAUAAUAAUAAUCGUAACAAUAAGAAUGAGAAGAAUAGGAUGAGACAUUUCGGAAAUUUGAGGAUUGAUAGUACGAGAGAUAUGACUGUUUACAGUUUCGAAGAUGCCGUAAGGGAUCUGGAAAACCACAGAAGAUUCAUAAUCCACAACUUCACCGAAGGUGAGUCAUUACUGAAGAAAAACGAUCGAAUUAGACUCGCCGAGGAGACGCGAAGAAUCGAGGAUUUAAUAAGAUACGCCAAGAGUCAUCAAGAAAAGGAGGGAUACUUCGAGGAGGGACUGGAGAUAAUUUACCACUACCCAAGUGACGAUAAUAAUAAUUCCAGUGCAAUCGAAAGUAGAAGAUUGAAACGAGCGCACGAGGAAGAGGAUGAUGAUGAUGAUAUUAUGCACCUGGUGGUGAAGAUACGCGUGCCCUCGAUGCGUGUUAAGGCAGGAUAUGUUUUGAUGGGAAAAGUUGGAGAGCAGGUUUUACGAGGGGACGGUCGACUGGAUGGAAACUUUACUGAACUCGUUGGUGAUUUUACGGUCGAAUUGAAGAAGACCGGGGACAAUACGAUGAUUGUGAGAGCUGCUAGAGCGAAACUCGAAGCUGCUGAUAAGAACCUUGAUCUUGAGGGAAUGGAUGACAAAGGACCUGUAGAGGAGAUCUUGAAUCAAGGUUUAGUCGCUGCCGAGGCUGUUGCAGCCAUGCUGGCUGAUGACUUGGCUACCAAGGCACUUAGUGAUAAAACUUCGGAUUCGAUUAUUUAUAAAUUGUAUAGGGAAUUACCGCAGUAAUUUCAUGCAUCAAUCACUUCAUUCGUAUUUUUAUUUUUUUAGCUAUUUAUUUAUUUAUUCUAAACUGAGUUAUUUAAAUACACAUUCUAAUUAUUCUGAAAUAAUUCACAUAUUUACUCAUAUAUUUUCUUUUUAUCACAACUAAUGAGGAAAUUAAAAUAUGUAUUUUAUGGAUUUGUAUAUCCUCUUUCAAUUUCGUGGAAGCUGAAUAAUUGUUAAAGUAGUAUGGUCACUCUCCAAAGUGAUCGUUGAGUGUCCGUCAA